GUUUGCCUCGUGCUCAUGACAACCAGACGUAGUGUCUGACGUCACUGCUAACAGCAGCAAUGGCGGCGCCCACGGAAAGCACGAGUGAAACGCCAACAAAUAAAAAACAGAAAAAGAGCAAAAAUACAGUGGAUGAGACCGAGCUGCUGAUGGUACCAGACGGCUGGAAAGAGCCCAAGUUCACCCGAGAGGACAACCCCAAAGGUUUGCUGGAGGAGAGCAGCUUCGCCACACUUUUCCCCAAGUACAGGGAGGCGUACCUGAAAGUGUGCUGGCCGCUGGUGCAGAAAGCGCUCGGAGAUGUGUUCAUCAAUGCCACACUGGACCUGAUUGAAGGCAGUAUGACGGUGCACACAACAAAGAAAACAUUUGACCCGUAUGCAAUCCUCAGAGCAAGGGAUCUCAUCAAGUUAUUGGCCAGAAGUGUGCCGUUUGAACAGGCUGUACGGAUACUUGAAGACGACAUGGCUUGUGACAUCAUAAAAAUUGGGACUCUUGUGCGAAACAGAGAGCGCUUUGUGAAGAGACGCCAGAGACUGAUCGGCCCCAAGGGCUCCACGCUGAAGGCACUAGAGCUUCUGACCAACUGUUACGUGAUGGUUCAGGGCAACACAGUGUCGGCUCUCGGCCCGUUCAAUGGCUUGAAGGAGGUACGGAAAGUCGUGCUUGAGACAAUGAAGAACAUUCACCCCAUUUACAACAUAAAGACAUUAAUGAUCAAGCGGGAGCUGGCGAGCGACCCGGAUCUGCGCACUCAGAACUGGGAGAGAUUCCUGCCCAACUUCCGGCAUAAGAGUCUCUCCAAACGCAAGCAGCCGAAGAAGAAGACGAUCAAGAAGAAGGAGUACACGCCGUUCCCCCCGCCUCAGCCCGAGAGCAAGAUUGAUCAGCAACUGGCGACCGGCGAGUUCUUCCUGCUAGAGAGCGAGAAGAGACGCAAGAAGAUGACUGAGAUUAAGGUGAAACAGGCUGAAGCUUUAUCCAAGAGACAAGAGCAGCGGCAGAAGGAUUUCAUUCCCCCUAAAGAGAAGCCCGCCGUGAAGAAGACCAAACCAGCACCCACAGAAAACAAAAUUGAUAUUCAAGCCAUUAAAGAAAAAGUGAAGAAAGCAAAAAGUAAAAAGCUUGGAGCUCCUCCUGUAAACCCCGAGACGCCUUCGGUGAAAGACGGCAAGCGGAAGAAACUCAAAAGCUAACUCGCGUCGGUCGAUCCGAACUCUGGUCCUGUAGAAACACACUC